AUGCUCAAAACACUUUCAAAUUAUGUUGAUAUAGAAGACGAUUCUAUUAAAAAUUACAUCAAAGAAUUAAAAAUACUAGAAAUAUCAAUUCCUCUAGACUAAUAAAUAGAAUUAGUUAAUCAAAUUUUUCAUGAUCAACAAGCUAAACCUUUAACUAAUUAGAAAUAUUCAAUUCAAAUUGGAAAUUAACAUGAUCUUAAUAUCAUUGAAGAACAUUACAAUAAACCCCUUUUGUGUGAAUAUUUAGAAAGUCAAUUCAUGACAUUAAUGGAAUUAAUCAAUGAAAUCUCAAAAUCUAUUUCAGAAAUCUCAUAAAAGAUUGAUUAGAAAUAAUCAGCAACUAAUAAAUUAUAAGUUUAUAAAUUUCAAGAAGAAGCAUAAGCAUAAAUCCUAUCUUUAAAUCAACCUAUAGAUAAUUCAUCAGUACCUUAAAUUAAUAAAGAUACCUUUAAAAAUGAAAUGAUAUAAUUUAUAAAGGAUUAAAAGAACAAUUUAGUGUAUCAACAAUAGGUUUCACAGUUAGAAUAAAAGGUAAUUUAAACAAGAAGAAUGAUAUUUGAGAAAAUAGAAGAAUAAAAUAAUUUAUCAGAGCAAGUAGUAUAAAAAAUGGAAAUGAAUAUUGAUAAUGAACUAAAACUCUUAGAAAAGACUAUAGAAUUAAAAUUUGUUGCUAAGGUUGAAAGCGAUUUGCAUUAAGAAGUUCUUUAAAUGGAGAAGUCGAAUGCUAAAACAACAUUUAAUAAAGAUGUUCCUUAAUAUUAAGAUUAUGAUUAAAUAGAUAAGUAAGUUUCAUAACUAUUUAAUCAUAUUUGUAAAACAUUUUAAGAAAUCAAAGAAUAGAAAGUCAAAAAUAAUGAUUUGAUUUUUGAUUAAAUUUUGAAUAAUAUCGAAGCUUAAUCAAAAACUUUAAACAAAGUUUGUUAACAACAUGAAUCUAAUACUUAUCAUUUUGCAGAUUAUAUUAAUAAUUAUUCUAACUCUUAAUAAUAGAUAAAGAAAGAUUAAAUUGAGAAAAUAAAAGAAUAAAAAAGAGAUUAUGAAUUUUGUCAAAGCUUUUUAGUUCAAUAAUCGAAUGAUGAAGGAGCUGAAAUUGAUCAAUUUUUAAAAUAAGCUCAAAGCUAUAAUUAAGUUCUUAAAGUUACAGAAUAAAUGGCAAAUGAUGUAUUAAGUUAUUUUAUUUGUUUAGUAUAAUAUCUAAGUAGAAUAAUAGAAAUAAAAUUUGGAAUAAAUUAAAUAGUAUUUGUUAAGAUUAUAGAAAUUGUUAUGA